GCCUGGGUGAUGAUUGCUUUCUACUCUGAAAUAAGCCACAUGGAGGUCAAAUUUGCUAGUGGGGUCUACCAUACCGAUAUGCAGGGGCUGGCUCCUCCAGAAGGAAGGUUGGACAUAAACAUGGGGAGGCUGAAACUCAGGGGGAGGAGGUGGACAUCCAGGGCCAAAUCUGAGGCUCCUGGCUGGGCUACUGAUAAGAGAGGCCACUACCGAGACCAGCACCUUCCAGAGGAGUCGGACCCUGACCUGUUGACUGAGGAGGGACAUGACAAUUCCUCACAGAUAGUGGAUGUUGAUCACGCUUACUACACAUCUAAAAUCUAUGGCCCUGGAGACCCUGCCAGUAAGGAGCUGUGGGUGGACAUUGAUGAGAUGGAAGAGGACAGCUGGAAGGCGCACGGCUUCCUGUCCAGUACACACAGACAAGCAGAGGAAAUCACCGUGGCAACUGGAGGCUUCAUUUACACUGGAGACAUCAUUCACCGAAUGCUAACAGCUACGCAAUACAUCGCCCCUCUUAUGGCCAAUUUUGACCCAAGUCUCUCCAAGAACUCAACUGUGUUUUACUUUGAUAACGGCACAGUGUUUGUGGUGCAGUGGAACCAGGUUCAUCUACAGGACAACUUCAGUCUGGGAACUUUCACCUUCCAGGCCAUUCUGCACAGUGAUGGACGAAUCAUCUUCUCCUACAAAGAGAUUCCUGUAGAUAUCAAUGACAUCAGUGUCGAGAAUCAUCCUGUCAAAGUGGGCCUGUCAGAUGCUUUUGUGGUGCUUCACGAGAUAGAGCAGAUCCCCAAUGUUCGUCGGAGGACCGUCUAUGAGUAUCAUAAAGUUGACAUCCUUAAAUCCAAAAUCUCCAAUUCCACAGCGGUUGAGAUGCUACCUCUCCCUACAUGUCUCCAGUUCUCCAGCUGUGGCCCAUGUGUCACUUCUCAGAUUGGCUUCAACUGCAGCUGGUGCAAUCGACUGCAAAGAUGUUCCAGCGGCUUUGAUCGCAAUCGCCAGGAAUGGGUUGACCUCGGCUGCCUGGAUGAGAGAAGGGAUCCAAGAUGUGUACGCAUGCCCAACACCACAAACACCACAAACACCACAUCUCCCCACCACGUACACACGACCACUGCAGCCAUCACGACCACAGCACAGCAGCGGACCGCCAACAUGACGCCCACCCCCCUCAGCAAGACCUCCACGGCCACCAGCCCCCCGACACACAGCAGCACCAGUAGAAGGACAGCAUCCACUGCCCAGCCCCCUACCAGCAAACCUACACAGGAUGGCACAAAGAUCUCUUUGCAUAUCGACGAAGCACCAGCAGAGGCAGAAAGCACUGAGGAGAGUGAGGAGCGAAUCCAGACUGGUCUCCUGGUGGGCAUUGUCCUGGUGAUGGUCAUCAUGGCAACAGCAGUCCUGCUGUCUGUCUACAUGUACAACCACCCCACCUCCAGUGCGAGCCUCUUCUUCAUGGAGCGGCGUCCCACACGAUGGCCCAUCAUGAAGUUUCGGCGCGGCUCUGGCAACCCGUCAUAUGCCGAGGUGGAGGCUGCCGGGCAGGAGAAGGACAGCACGGUGGUCAUAGACCCCAAACAGUCUUUUAUCAUAUCUGACAGAAGAGAGAGUGACCAGAAAGAAGGAUUCAUAAUUCCUGACCAGAGGGAGCGUUUCCUGGUUUCAGAGAGCUCCUGACCAGAACUACAUAUCCAGAAGGCUUUGGGAUAGAGCUCUCUUGAAUGCUGCGACAUUCUUUUCUAUUCAGCUGUAGCUCAAGUUCACUGUAAGGACAGAAUUCCAGCAUUCAGAGAAGAAAACUUCAAACCUCUGUGAGGAAAUGAUGUAUAAAGUAAAUUUUACUCAUGGACUCGGCAGCAACAGUGUCGCUGCAUGUGAGAAAAUGUGUUUUGAAUGCUAAAGCUGUGUGAAUGGAAAAACCCCUCUGUCUAAUGGCAGGUAUGUGUGAAGAUACAAACAUUGCAGAGCUAAUAAUAGGAUAAAACUUGUGUUUGCUCAGGUCAUUCAUCUAUGUUUACCACAGCGUCAUAAAAGAGCAAGAGGUAAUGUUGUUUAAAGUUUGAGUUCAUUUCUCCCAAAGGUGGCUGCUAUUUUCCAGAUUUUCCUAUGUGUCGUUCCCACACCUCCUUCACAAGGAGGAAUGUCAUGUUCGGGUGUCAUUUCCUCAUCUGAAAAAUACAGACUAAAUUCCUCACCAUUACACCCACUUUUGUCUGCCCUGGCAAGCGGGGCGCAGACCGCUCUGAGUGCUGUUUAUCUCAGUGCGUAAUAUAUUUUCAAAGCCGACUGUGUUUGUGACUGUGGG